AUGACAAUACUCUCAACUACUACUCGCUCACGCGCCGCUCAAGGCCUCACCUUCACACUCCGCCCUACCUCUCGAGUGCGGCGCGAUAGCCUCAUCGCGCUCGUUCGCUACUCCUCCACCAACGCCGCCGCCGCGCUUGAGGCGACUCGCACAAACACACCCGUCGCCAAAGGCGCAGAAUCACCACUUUCAGAACUUCCUCCCUUGGUUCUCUACCGCUCUCUCCUGAUCAAUUCCAUAUCGUCAAGACCAUGGCUCCUCAUUCCCUCGCUGCAUCUCCUUCAGAAGCUCUCCAACCCUGCAAACCCAUAUAUCUUCAAUGUUGAUCGCAACCCGCUGCUGCGAGGCUUGCUGAAGCAUACGUUCUACAAGCAGUUUUGCGCUGGUGAGACGGGCGCUGAGACGCAGAGUACUAUGAAGUCAUUGCAGGAUAUGGGAUUCAAGGGAACGAUUCUCACAUUUGCGAAGGAGACUGUCUUUGAUGCCAAGACUGGUAAAGAUCAGGGCUUUGGUAUCGAAGCCUCGAGCUCGACUGAGUGUCAGUGGUGCGAUAACAUUGAGGCUUGGAGGGAGGGAACUGUCAAAACUGUCGAUCUGCUCCGCGAGGGUGAUCAAUUGGCCGUCAAAAUGACAGGCGCUGGACCUGGAGUCUGCGACGCUUUCGCCAACGGCACCGAACUCCCCAAGCAAUUCGUCGACGCUUGCAACGAGAUCGCUCAAAAGUGCAAAGACCGCGGCGCUUACAUCCUCAUCGACGCUGAAUCGCAGCACUACCAAUGGGGCAUUUUCCGACUCGGCAUGGAACUCCAGCAAAAGUUCAACACCGACGGCAAGGUCGUUCUCUACAAUUCCUACCAAGCUUAUCUUAAGAGCACCCAUGACACUCUGGCUAAGCACCUCCAAGCCGCCCUGGACAAGGGCUUCACACUCGGCAUCAAGGUCGUUCGCGGCGCAUACAUGGCCUCUGAUCCCCGCUCUCUAAUCCACGACACAAAGCAAGACACGGACGACUCGUACAACCAAAUCGCCCAGGGCGUUCUGCGUCAAGAAUUCCGCUCCUUCGGCACAACCAAGCCCUUCCCCUCCGCACAGCUCCUCCUGGCAAGCCACAACAAGGAGUCGCUGGUCAAGGCUCAGGAAACGCACCAGCAGCGCACAAAGGCGGGUCUUCCGACUGUGCCGGUCAAGUUCGCGCAGUUGCAUGGCAUGUCGGACGAGGUUAGCUUCGGGCUGCUCAAGCUAAAGGAUGAUGCGGGGGUGGCUCCCGAGGUUUAUAAGUGCACUACGUGGGGUACACUCCCAGAGUGCAUGGCUUAUCUGACGAGGAGGGCUAUUGAGAAUAGGGAUGCUGCUGCGAGGACGCUGGAUGAGUAUUCGGCGUUGAAGAGUGAGCUUUGGAGACGGUUGGCUUUCUGGCGAUAG